CUUUUCUGUCUGGCGUAAGACAGGCAAGAGAAUCAAUCGGUAAUGGAUUUUUUUGCUGCAGCUGUGUUUUUAGAUUUUCUUUUUCGGUGCCUAACGGAGUCGGUUGUUUUUCUUUCGCAUGAACGCAGGUGUUGCCUUUACUGUCCCUCAUUAUUUUUUUUGCAGCUGCAUCUGAAGUAACUGAAGAAAAGAUGAAUCCCUAUCUACAGUUCACGUGAUUGUGAAAGCAGUACAACAAGUGAUACCCACAGCACGCAUCAUCUUUGUAGGAUUCGAGAGUAUCCCUUCUCGAACGUUACUAAUUUUUUGACGUCUCGCUUCACUCCCACGACCACUGGGUACAUCAUCAUCGCACAUAUAAACGGCGUCGACCACCAUGUUGUGCAUGCAAGCGUAUGUGUUCCACGACCACGAGCGUCGUGACACCCGGCCCUACAUCCGAGCCAACGUCGAAACGUUCGCUCACCCCGCGGCGAGACCGAACGUCUUGAAGCAGGACAACAAACCGCUGACGUGGAAGGGCUCCCUGGUACCGAUUCCGGACAACAAGGUCGAGUCGCUGCUGAAAAUGACCGCCAGCACCAGUGGGUCUGCCAGCACUUCUGCGUCAAGCGGGAAAAUGAGCAUGGGCUCAGACCCGGGUCACAUGUUUCGAAGUAUAGAAGGAUUGUUUCAAUUUGUUUCACUUGGAACAGGAAUGAGGUAUGUUGAUUCUAUCUAAGAGUAUACGACUUACUCUGCAAUAACAAAUGCACCUCGCAGUCAAACCAGGCAUUUAUUUUGUGACCUCGCACCCGCACGUGGAAUUCGAAUUAGAAAAUGUCGGAUGGCAAAAUAAAAGUGAAAUGAUUGUAACAGAUACAUGGCUGAAGGGCAUGGAGAAAGAGCUGCGGAGUAUUCCACCGAGCCCAGCUGGUGCUGACGUCGGUGACAAGACCAUGGCAAAAUUCCAGUGGAAAGACGUGCAAUCGCCAACGAAGAAGAUGUGAAAUUGUGCACAAUGGUAACGAUGUCGCACGGAAGAGUUGAUUCGGGUGGGAAGUGAGCUGCGCUUGCGCAUAGAAUUACACUGUUAAAAACUUUACACGACGCACAGACAGAUUUUGAAAUCCGGUGAAUUUUUCACAUAAGUAGUAGCACACCCACAUGUCAUAGUGCUUCGGCACCAUAUUUUUCAAAAAGCAAAAGCUCAGAAACACACGGAACCGGGCAUUUUUACGAUUUAAUUUUUCAUGGUUGAAUAUUUUACUGCGGUUUCAUUAAUUAGAUUGACCAUCUUCUCGUUGUUGUGACGGUGAAAGCAAUUUGGUAACCAGGUGAACAUGUGGACUUUUUGUUGGACACUGAUAACAUCGGGUGAAAUAUUGGAAUGAAUUGAAACGUAUGAUACACAAAAAAAAAAAAGACGGC